AGUGGUGGAUGUAAGCUCCACGAGUGUUCCAAGAGGGGGAGAAAUGAAAAGAACCUAAACAGAUACAGCUGGGGUUUAUGAAUGAAAGAGGCCCUAACAGCCGCCACCGUAACCGUUUCUCGCCACCCUUACAACAACCGUGGUGGCUUUUCAUGGCCUCAGCCCUCUUCACACCAAGUCAAUGACCCUCUCUUUCAUACCUUCAACACCAUUCUUCUCAAAAACCUUAACCCGCCUCAAACCAUUUCUCUCCCUUUUCUCCACACUCCCCCAUAACAACAGCAACAUAACUAAUUCUCAAUACGACACCGCCGGUAACAGCCGUUUACAUUCCGCGGUUACCCAGCCCGAGUUACUCCUCCGAGUUCUCAACUCAGUUAAACACCGACCACUCGUCGCGCUUAGGUUCUUCCGUUGGGCGGAGAAGCAGCCUCACUUCAACCGAUCUGGAUCGGCUUAUGUUGAGAUUUUAGAUAUUCUCGCUAGAAAUGGGUUUAUGAGGAGUGCUUAUUGGGUUAUGGAGAAGGCGAUUGAAGCUAAAAUCGACGGUGUUGUUUUGGAUGUUUUGGUUGGCGGCGGCGGAAGCGGCGAGGGUACGGGUUCUGAGGUAGUAUCUGUUAAGCUUCUCGAUUUAUUACUUUGGGUUUUUGCGAAAAAAUCAGUGUUGGAGAAGUGUUUGUUUAUUUUUUAUAAAAUGAUUCACAAUGGAUUGUUGCCUGAUGUUAGGAAUUGUAAUAGGGUUCUUAAAUUGCUUAGAGAUAGGAGUAUGGUGAAUGAGGCUAAGGAAGUUUAUAAUGUUAUGGUUGAGUGUGGAGUUAAGCCUACAAUUGUUACUUAUAAUACUCUGUUGGAUUCGUUUUGUAAACAAGGGGAAGUUGAACAAGCGAUGGAGUUAUUGUUUAUGAUGAGGAAAAUUGGGUGUGAUCCGAAUGAGGUGAGUUAUAAUGUUUUGGUGAAUGGUUUGUCGAGGAAAGGGGAUUUUGACCGGGCGAAGGAGUUGACGAAGGAGAUGUUGAAGUUAGGACUUAAGGUUUCGGCUUACACAUAUAACCCUUUGAUUCGUGCGUAUUGUAAGGAGGGGAUGCUUGAGGAAGCUAGUGAUCUCGAGGAGGAGAUGUUGGGGAGAGGUGCUUUGCCUACGGUGGCGACGUACAAUACAGUCAUGUAUGGUCUUUGCAGAUUGGGAAGAGUGAGUGAUGCAAGGCGGUUGUUAGAUGUUAUGGUAAGUAAGAAUUUGAUGCCUGACUUAGUUUCGUAUAACACUCUAAUUUAUGGUUAUAGCAGGUUGGGAAACUUAGGGGAGGCUUUUCUGUUGUUUGUUGAGUUAAGAUACAAAAAUCUUGUUCCAAGUGUUGUGACCUAUAACACACUUAUAGACGGUGUUUGCCGAUUGGGGGACUUGGAUAUUGCCAAGCGGAUGAAAGAUGAUAUGAUCAGACACGGACCUUUUCCUGAUGUCUUCACUUUUACGAUUCUUGUUAGGGGAUUUUGUAAGAUGGGGAACUUGCCAAUGGCUAAGGAACUGUUUGAUGAAAUGCUGUGUAGGGGAUUGCAGCCCGAUCGUUAUGCAUACACGACUCGGAUAGUUGGUGAACUCAAGCUCGGUGACCCUUCAAAGGCUUUUGGCAUGCAGGAAGAAAUGCUAGCCAAAGGCUUUCCACCUGAUUUAAUCACAUAUAACGUCUUCAUUAAUGGGCUCUAUAAAUUGGGAAAUUUGGAUGAAGCAAAUGAACUCGUACAGAAAAUGCUCCGCAAUGGAUUUGUUCCGGAUCAUGUGACAUAUACUAGCAUCAUCCAUGCUCAUUUGAUGGCCGGGCAUCUUCGAAAGGCUAGAGUGGUGUUCUAUGAUAUGUUAAAGAAAGGGAUAUAUCCUUCUGUUGUGACUUACACAGUUUUGAUUCAUUCAUAUGCUGUUAGGGGAAGGCUGGAUCUUGCUAUUAUGUACUUCUUUGAGAUGCAAGACAAGGGUGUUAAUCCAAAUGUGAUCACAUACAAUGCUUUAAUCAAUGGACUUUGCAAAGAGAGAAAAAUGGAUCAUGCAUACAAUUUUUUUGCCGAAAUGGAAUCAAAGGGUGUUUCUGCAAAUAAGUAUACAUACACUAUUUUGAUAAAUGAGAACUGCAACUUAGGCCAUUGGCAGGAAGCUUUGAGACUGUACAAAGAUAUGCUAGAUAAGGAAAUUGAGCCCGAUUCUUGCACACACAGUGCACUAUUGAAGCAUCUAAGCAAAGACUAUAAAUUGCAUGCAGUUCAGCAUCUUGAGAAUGUAAUUAGAGGGGGUGAAUAAGCUUAUGAUGUAAAGAUGAAGAAAUGAUUAUUUGUUGUUUCCAUUUUGGCAUUCCCACAUGGCAAAUGAGUUAACACGAUCCCUUCAUUUGGAUGGGUUUUGCCUCAUAAAGGUUUAAUUAAGCUUGUCAUGAUGUGACCGUCAGAUCGUGUACAUUUUUUUCUAAAUCGGAUAAAGAUGCCAAUGGGUUGUUUCCAAUAAUUAAGAUGGGCAAAUUCCAACUAUUUUUGAGGCUUUUCACAUGAAAAAUUCUGUGACCUGGUUAUACCUGGAAGAGUGUAGACUUCAUUAAUUGAUUUUCAAAGAUAUGGCACUUACACGUCAAAGGCAAGUGGUAUACAGAUGAAGCAUAAUUCUCUAUCAAGAUAUUUCAAAGAACUCUAUCACAUAAUCAUACUCCAUUUUUUAUUCAUUUUUCUUAGUCUUUUUAGUGGAGAGGAAUUUUUUUGACAGUGGUGCUUAUUCUUUGCAUCAUAAUUGUGAUUAUUAUUGUUAAGUCUAGUGGUACACAUUUUUACACCACAACUUGUAUACGGAAUCGAAAAUAAAAAGGUUUGAUCUCUUCUGUACAACAGUACAAGGUGAUCAUUGAAUGCAGAAAAACUUUCUCAGUA